AUGAGUCAUAUUCCUAAAGUUGGUUACAUGGACCGUCAAGCUAAAAGAAGACCGAGACAGAGAGAGGGCGGACGAAGUAAGUUGGCUGUUGUAAUGGGAAGGGUAUUUCUAGUAGAAUUAGAUGCAGCCGGUGGUGAUUGUUACAGGUGCAAGUUCUGCGACACCCCUCUUGCUCUCGCAGAUCAUCUCCUCUCCACGCCUCUUGAUCAUGACUCUGAGCCCAUGAAGAUGCGACUUUGUUACGUGCCCCUGUCAAACAGAUGGAGGAUAUCUGCGGAGAUCACUGAAGAAUUCAAUUUGGAUGCCCGCCCUCGUUCAAGUGAUGGAGAGAAUCCUGAGGACUUUGCUGCAUACUUGCGAAAUGAGUAA